AUGAUGCAUCCAUCGCGGAGAGCCUAUGUCGAGGAUUCCACCGACGAAGGUAACAGCAUGGCGGAUAUUGCCAUGCAAGAUGAUGUUGAGGAACUAGCUGAUGAUGUGAAUGCCAAAGCACGAGUGCGAGAGAUCUAUGAACUAUCGCUCGAGCGCAAGAAAAGGGCUGAAGCAAUGAUCGUGCCGACGGACGAUGCUCGGGUGCGCAUGCGAUUGCGAGAGCUCGGAGAACCCAUAAUGCUUUUCGGUGAACCCAACAUCCAACGUCGAGACCGAUUGCGCGAGGUUUUAAUGGUUUUGUCGGAAAGAGAUGUACCAAUGGAAGACGCAGCCACACCACAGGAAGAAGUUGCAGGGGAAGGAGACCCCAAGAAUGAGGAGUUCUUUACACAAGGCCCAGACGAGCUCCUGGCUGCCCGAAAGACUAUUGCCAUUUUUUCUCUUCACCAAGCCCGAAACAGAAUCAAUCGCCUUAAGGAAGAGGCAAAGAUCCCACUUAAGGAACAUCAGCGUCAACGCCAGGCCAUCUACCCCAAGCUUAAUGAGGUCAAAUUGUACGGAUCUCUAAAUUCGGACAACCGCCCAAUCAGUAUCUGUCGCUUUUCGCCUGAUGGACAAAUUUUGGCGACAGGAAGUUGGAGUGGUAACAUCAAGUUAUACAGCGUGCCAAAUCUGGAGGAGAAGUUGGUUUUGGCGGGAGGACACAAAGACCGAGUUGGAGGAAUCGCAUGGCACCCAGGAGCUAGUUCUUCGUCAACCGUCAACUUGAUUUCCGGAGGAGGCGAAGGAGAUGUAAAUCUUUGGUCGCUCGACUCAAAGAAGCCUCUGGCAACACUCCGCGGUCACACAGGGCGUGUUUGCCGCACCGAAUUUCAUCCUAUGGGUCGUUACGCGGCCUCGGCCUCUUACGAUUACACCUGGAGGUUGUGGGACAUUGAGACACAACAGGAACUCCUCUACCAGGAAGGCCACUCACUCGAAGUUUAUGCUGUAUCGUUCAAUAAAGAUGGUUCGCUCGUAGCCAGUGGUGGCUUAGAUAGUCAUGGAUAUAUCUGGGAUCUCCGCACUGGACGACGGGUGAUGGCCCUCCACGGCCAUAUGGGCGAAAUCUACAGCAUUGACUGGCAUCCCGAUGCGACUCGCCUGCUUACCGCCUCUGCCGAUGGCUGGGUCAAAUGCUGGGAUCUACGCCAAUCAAAAUGUACCGCUCAAGUUGGUGCACACAGCAGUGUUGUGACGGAUGUACGCUGGUAUAAGGGCAACGGAUCGGCGACCUUCGCACGACCUAAAGCGCCACCUAAAGACGAAUCAGCUGAUAGAAAAGAUACCGGACGUAUGUGGCAAGGACUACAGCCAAAAAAUGCCGGAACUUUCUUCUUGUCUGCUGGAUUCGACAAAACAGUGAAGAUCUGGGGUUGUGAUGACUGGGAACCUGUGAAAAAGCUGGAAGGUCACUCCGGCAACGUCUUGAGUACUGAUAUCAGUGAGGAUGCGAAGUGGAUUGCCAGCAGCGGUCACGAUCGCACAGUGAAGAUCUGGGGAUACGAGUGA